AUGAAUGACGAUAGAUGUGUUAAUAACUACAAGACGCGGGCGUGUUGUGGUUGCAUGCCUCUGGCUACCGCGGGGGUCUGCAUCACGACCUAUUGGUUAUUGAAUGGUGUGUCAGCGAUUAUGAUUCAGUACAAUGCUGGUGGUUCGGACUUUAUGAUCCAUUGUUUACCAGGGGUUGUACAAUGUCUAGUUGCUGGAAUUGCUUUGCUUGGAAUUUUCCAAAACAAUUCAGACAUGAUUCGUGCAGCCAAGUGGAUGAUAUGGCCUUGCGUUAUUUUGUCCCUCGUACAACUCGGCUUAUUUUGGGUACAAAUGACGAACGAAACUGUCAUGCAACCAGCACUAAAAUAUCAAUGGGUUAUCGUGUUCACGUCCCUUACCGUCCUCGUCGUAGCGGCCUUGAUGUGGAUGCUCGGAAUCUUCGGCUCCAUUGCUAACGCGAUAGACGCCGGACGAGACCCGUGGGUCUUGCCAUCCGACGUUAUGGACAUGACCUCCAUGCCCCCAGGCUCCUUUGAACCCGGCUACGGUGUGCCGGUGAGCAACGUCCAGAUGGCGAACGGACAAGUCAUAUCCGUGGCCUAA